GAUUUAAAGGAAGAAAUCGACAUCCGACUGUCCAGGGUGCAGGACAUCAAGUACGAGCCACGGCUGUUAGCUGAGGACGACAGCAGGCUUCUGCAGCUGGAGACACAAGAAAUCCCGUUUCACGCAGAGGGCCGCUACCCAAAGUCUUUAAUAGGGAAGAACUUCUGUGCCUACCUGCUGGAACUGCGGAAUACCAGCACCUCCUUCAAGGGCAUCCGCAAAGCCUUGAUCGACACCUUGCUGGAUGGGUACGAGAGUGCCCGCUACGGCACCGGGACCAAUGUGAUGGUCGAGUGGCUCCUCCAGGGGGGUGCCCUCUCCCCUGCCGGCAGGCCCAAGGCCCGGGGUGGCAGCAGCCAGCGGCAGCACCAGUCAGCAGCGAAGGACCUCACCCUCUCCCCCGAAGUCUCUAACCCCGCCACCAUCCAGGUCACCUACCUGCCUUCCAACCAGAAGAGCAAACGUGCCAAACACUUCCUGGAGCUGAAGAGCUUCAAGGACAACUACAACACGCUGGAGAGCACCCUGUGA